CAUAAAAAAAAAUUGUUUCCUUUGUCUAGAAGGCUGCAUUGCUAGCCUUUUGAAGCACUGAGGUUUCUCCAAUGGAUAGAAUAGAUGAUCUGACCUAGAGAGGAAGGGAUGAAGAACACAUUGAUUCCUCUGUUGGAGUGAUGAAAGAUUUCGCUCUGAAUUCAUCUCUUCUUACCAAAAAUUCCAACUUUUUAGUGAAAUCAGACUCCCAUGGCGAAGAAAAAGAACUGGCUUGAUAGAUUAAAGAAAUUUCUCACCUCUGAAACUCAAUCAAAACAGGAGAAGAAGGAGAGGAGGAAAAGAUGGCUUUUUGGAAGGUUGAAGACGAAGUUUUCUCCUGCUUUACCCCCUCCUUCGCUGCUGAGAUUGAGAUCGUUAAGAGAGGCAGAGGAAGAGCAGAACAAGCAUGCGGUUGCGGUGGCCGUCGCCACCGCCGCGCGGCCCGGCGCGCGCCCGGCCGCUCUCGCCGCCGCUCAGGUCGCCGCCCAGGUCGUUCGGCUCGCCGGAAAUACUCUGUCUUAUCAUAAGACACAAGAAGUUGCUGCAAUUAAGAUACAGAUUGCAUUUCGGGGUUAUCUUGCGAGGAGAGCAUUGAGAGCUCUGAAAGGUCUGGUUAAGCUUCAAGCUCUGAUCCGAGGACAAGCUGUGAGGCGCCAAACAAAUAUAACUCUGAAAGGUCUCAAAUCCCUCAUGAAGAUUCAAUCACAAGCUCGCGCAAAUCGAAUAAAAACAGCCGCCAAUCAUCAUUCAAAUGAUGCAAAAGAUGUUUUGCAUCUGAAAAUUCUGAAAGAUGGAGAAACAGAUCAGAGAGAAGCUCAACACAGUGACAGAGUCUGGAAUGGCAGCAUCUUGUCAAAGGAAGAAAUCAUUUCAUUACUCAGAAAGCGUCAAGAAGCCGCCUUUAAGCGAGAGAGAGCAAUGGAUUAUGCAUCCGCUCAUCAAGAAAGAAGACAUUCUGCAAAUCCAACAACACCAAUCUCAGUAUCAGAUCACGAAUCAAACACCAAAAAUCUUCACACAAACUGGAGCAGACUGGACUCACAACCUCAAGAUAAAGACAUCCAUGAAAUCUCACCUCCACAAUGCCAUGAUCAAACUGCUCAAAACCAGCACCUUUAUGCUUCAGACUCCCCUGCCUUCUUAAACUCCAGAGCUGAAGAGUUCGAGCUGAUGUAUCAGGGGAGGAGGAGAUCUUUCAACCGGUCGGAACGAGCGGAACGAGCUCGAUGGAAGGACGAUGAUUUCUUCUCAAGCUCUCCAUACUUUCCAGGCUACAUGGCAUCCACAGCUUCAACAAUGGCAAAGUUCAGAUCAGCGAGCACGCCGAAACAGAGACAGGGGAGAAAGGAUUCGCCGGAAAAGCUUCUUUCGUCGCCGCCGACGAAGGUUCCGUUGAAUUUUCAGAGAUCGCAGAGGGUGAGAGGAGGCGGCGCCGGCGCUGCGAAACACUUCAGUAUUGAUUCUGAGAGGUCAUUGGUGAGCUGGGGGAAAUGUAGUCCUUUUAGGUGAGGAUGAAUGUUGUUGUUGCUGCAACAAAAUGAGUGUUUGUUUGCUUGGUGAGUUGCAUCCAUGGCUUAUGGUUCUGUGUUCAUGCAGACUGGUACUGCUUUCUCUCAGAGAGCUGGAUAACUUAAAUGGUAUGAAAUCAGGUUUUUUAA